AUGUUACCUGGAGGCACUGGAUCAAUGUUUGAGAUGCCAAAUCAAGAAGUGCAUGCAAUGCAACAAUCAAAUUCCUUUAAUGUACCAGGGAAGUUCGAAUCACUAAAUCCCACCAAUCCAAAUAGACAAAAGCUCGGACAAAGGUGGGGACAAAGUCAAAAUAGAAAUGAAUUUCAAAAUAAUCGAAAUAAUUUUGGAGAAUUUAGGCAAAACAACCUUCGACGAGACAUGAACUAUCGUGACACAAGACAAAUGCGAACACCAACUAAUGAUCGACGAUGGAACAACAGACCUAUUUGUAAUUACUGCAUGAAAACUUUCAAACACAACGUGGUCAAAGCCGAAGGGAACCAGAUGUUGGUCCAUCAAAUAUGUCAAAUGAUAGUGGUAUGCUAA